AUGCCUUAUAACAUUGCUGACUUCUUCUUUCCUCAAUCAGGGGGAAUCGAGAGUCACAUCUAUCAAUUGUCCUCCAAAUUGAUCGACCGUGGGCACAAAGUCAUCAUCAUCACUCACGCUUACAAAGGCCGGACAGGGGUACGAUACCUCACCAACGGCUUAAAGAUCUACCAUGUCCCUUUCUUCGUCAUUUACCGCGAGACGACUUUCCCUACCGUCUUUUCAUUCUUUCCCAUCUUCCGCAAUAUUGUCAUAAGGGAACAGAUCGAAAUCGUCCACGGCCAUGCGAGUCUCAGUAGCUUCUGUGGGGAAGCUAUACUCCAUGCGCGAACAAUGGGUUUGCGAACAGUCUUUACAGACCACUCUCUUUUUGGAUUUGCCGAUGCAGCUUCAAUUCUUACCAACAAGUUACUAAAGUUUACACUCAGCGAUGUCGAUCAUGCGAUCUGCGUCAGCCAUACAUGCAAGGAGAAUACGGUGCUUCGAGCCUCACUCGAUCCUUUGAUGGUCUCCGUGAUCCCCAAUGCCGUCGUUGCAGAGAACUUUCGACCAUUAUCAUACACCCCUCGCGCCCUCGACCAGACCCCAACCUCUCCCGUCGAUCCGCGACUAUCGCCGACACCAAUUGGACCCAACGAUACUAUUACAAUCGUGGUCAUUUCCCGUCUCUUCUAUAAUAAGGGCACAGACCUGUUGAUCGCGGCGAUCCCGCGAAUUCUUGCUUCCAAUCCCAACACCCGCUUCAUCAUUGCGGGCUCGGGGCCUAAGGCGAUCGACCUGGAACAGAUGCUGGAACGGAAUGUGCUCCAGGAUAAGGUUGAAUUGCUUGGCUCGGUUCGACACGAAGAGGUGCGAGAUGUCAUGGUCCGAGGUCAUAUCUAUCUUCAUCCCAGUCUGACAGAGGCCUUCGGCACGGUGAUUGUCGAAGCCGCGAGCUGCGGGUUCAAGGCUAUCGCCGCUUUGCGCUCAAACAAAGUGCGAACAGACCGUUUCCAUGAUCAGGUCAAGAUGAUGUACUCUUGGCGAGACGUAGCUCAGCGCACUGAGCGGGUUUAUCAAGGCAUCACCGGUGAUAUCAGCCCGGAAGAGUUUUACGGCUACUACCCUGGUCAGGGAUGGGAAGCCAGUGGGGAUCGAGUACGCAGCUUCGCACUGAUUGAUCGCUUAAAACGGUAUUACGGCUGCGGUGUCUGGGCAGGCAAACUGUUCUGUCUAUGCGUGGUCAUUGACUUUUUGAUCUAUGUUUUCCUCGAGAUGUGGUUCCCCCGAGCGAACAUCGACAUUGCCAGAAGUUGGCCAAGGAAAAAACCGGCGGAGCAAUCUCGGGUCUCCACUACAGCCCGGAGUAGUCGGUGA